ACAUGCUAGCUCUCUCGCAGGGGUGCAAAGGCCAACCUUUGCUUCCACAGCUUCAUCCAUUUGGCGAAUCUGCUGUUCUUUUCGCUGGCUGGCUUCUCGGGGGCCGGACGGGAAGUUUGUGGAAUCUGCUGUGGAAAGAACGACACGAGGGUUUCUUAGGCAGCCACGGUCAUGGCGGCGGCCGCCCCUAAGGCCGGGGGCUCAGUGCCUGAGGCGCGGGGUUCCGCUGAAGCCCCACUGCAGUACAGCCUUCUUCUGCAAUACCUGGUGGGUGACAAACGUCAGCCCCGGCUCCUGGAGCCUGGGAGCCUGGGCGGAAUCCCGAGUCCGGCCAAGAGUGAGGAGCAGAAGAUGAUCGAGAGGGCGAUGGAAAGCUGCGCCUUCAAGGCAGCGCUGGCCUGCUUGGGAGGAUUUGUCUUGGGAGGUGCAUUUGGAGUUUUUACUGCUGGCAUUGAUACCAACGUAGGCUUUGACCCUAAGGAUCCUUACCGUACACCGACUGCAAAAGAAGUUCUCAAAGACAUGGGACAGAGAGGAUUAUCCUAUGCCAAAAAUUUUGCCAUUGUGGGUGCCGUGUUUUCCUGUACUGAGUGUCUGGUAGAAUCUUACCGGGGCAGAUCAGAUUGGAAGAACAGUGUCAUCAGUGGCUGCAUCACUGGAGGAGCCAUUGGUUUCAGAGCUGGCUUAAAGGCUGGGACCAUUGGUUGUGGAGGUUUUGCUGCUUUCUCUGCUGCAAUUGAUUAUUACCUACGGUGAGAGUAAUUGCCUGUGGGGAAGGAGGACGCCAUCCCAGGAUCAAAGCUGGUUUUCCGGAGGAGAGUUUCUGUACCACUUGGCACUUGCUUCAGGGGCUGAAGACAUUUGUUUUCCUUCAUAUAGUUGGUGUUUUGAGGGAGCCUCCUGCCUGCUCUCUGUCUCUAGCAGUCAACGCAACCACACUCUGUGCCACUCCUGGAUUCCAGCCAGCCUUUUCAGGGAUGGCUAUGCCAGAUUGUCUCCUUGGAGCCUUCAGGAGACAUUGUGUUGACUGUUAGGAAUUAAACUCCACAAAGGCUCAGUCCUAACCACAUCCUGCCCUCUGGGUUAUGAGCACGGAGGUGGCAGUAUGUUCAUAUGUACCCAGGAAGCUCCUCUGCCUUGGAACACCAUGCAAGCAUCCAUCUCGCAUGCCAGGGCAGGGCAGAGUAAAUUCAUGCCAUCCAACCAAUUAUGUCAUUUUGUUUUGUUUAGUGUUCUGCCAUUCUUGUUAAAAGUAUAUAUAUAUAUUUAUAUUUAUAUUACAGUUUAAAGGUUGGUUUAUUUUUAUUUUCAAAUUCCACAGUUCUCAAAAAUGAUGGCAGGCAGUUCAAAGAGUGACAAUCCAGUGGGAAAGUGUGACAAACCUCCUGAAAAAUCUAGGACUGUUAGAUUUUCAGGGUUUGUGUGGACUGUGUCAUCUCUACCAGGAUCAUUAGUUUGGCCAGAAAGCAGCCCUCUCUCCAGGAGCCUAGUCUAGCUGCUUUCUAAGACGCACUGAAAUUCCUUGUGUGAGUCCCUCUGGCCUCUUCACAGAAACCCUCCAGGGCUGGCUGAUAGGCAUGCCUGCAGUUUGCUGAACCACACGUUGGUUUCAGGCGCAAGCCCAGCUCCAGGACAUAUGUGGAGAGUCCUACUGUGGUCAUCCUGAUGAUUCAGUCACAGCAGCUACUGGCUAAGGUCAGACAUGGUAGAGGGGCUACUCACUGCCACCCCUGUUCUCCACUAUCAGUGGAUAUUUUGAUUUUGACCUCAUGGUCUUUGCUGACAGUAGCAACCCAGCCUCAUUGUGUGCUGUAGAGGCGCGCGCGCACACACACACACACACACACACACACACACACGUUUAAGUGGUCUUUUGUGGUUGGCCUCCACUGCUGUGCUGUUUUGCUCUGGUGCAGUGGUGGAGUAGAGCCGAUGAACUCUUGGGCUUUACCUCCUGGAGGAACAGGCAGGUAGGCUCAGUGGGGGCCACAUAGUGCUGGCUGCCUUUCUCCUGUACAGUAGCUCCUCCACAUUUUCCCCCUUUUUCUUUCUCAUUUUCUGUCUUCUAUCCUACCCACCCUUAACUAGAAUCAGAGUCUCAGCUUCAACAUCCAAGCAUCCCCGGUGUGUAUUUGUGUCAUGUCAAAGGAUAGCUGGUGACACCUUUA